UCAAAAUGACUCCCAACGCCACUGCUGUAUCUGCCCUGUCUUGUGCGCCCCGCACGGUGACCAUGAGAAAAGAGGCAAACGAACUGAGAAAAACGUUGAAGCCUUUACUGGAAAAGAGACGAAGAGCGCGCAUCAACGAGAGCCUCAACCGAUUAAAAGGGCUCAUUCUUCCUCUGACAGAUAGCUGCCGUUAUUCUAAACUGGAAAAAGCCGAUAUUUUGGAGAUGACCGUUAGGUUCCUGACUGAUACUCAAUCCAGCCCAUCUAAAGACAGUACGUUUAGUUUUGAAGAGGGGUACAAAACCUGCCUGCAGCGCGUUUCAGCGCUCCUGCCUCAAACCAUUCUGGGCGCAGAAACACGACAGCGCGUCAACGAAUUCAUCCAGCGCUCGACGGUGCCCGCUGCACCAGCCUGCCAGAACUGUUGUGCGCAGAGCUCCAGAAUGAUGUCGAUGUCCCAAAUACAAGAAAAACUUCUGAACUUGAAAUCAAGCAGCUCAAGAAUCGUAAAUUCCGAACAAAGCAACGCUGCGAUUCUCAGUCGACCUCAGUCUACGCCACUCAUCACCAAUGCCAAUGUUUGGAGACCUUGGUAG